AUGAAUUCUUCCUCAUCCUCAUUUAGUUGGGAUGAUAUUAGAACCCAAGUCAGAAGGUUACGUAUGCAAACUUUAUCUUCUCUCAGCAACCACAACAUCUCCACCUGUAAAAACUUUUAUUUCCAUCCUCAACAACACAAAUUAUAUUUUUUAUCCAAUUGUAUUGCUCCUAAUUACACUACAUCAAGACAAUUUGUUUUUUAUCAAGUCGAUUAUUCCUUAUUUUAUUCCAAAGAUGAACCACUUCCUUCAUCAUUACCCUGGACUCGAAUGUUUGAUGAAUAUAAAACUCAAGAUGACAUGUCCCAUCUUCAGAUGAAAACGAAUAGACAGGACCGUAUAAGACCAUUACAAUCAUUAUCGUCAUUUCAAAUGGUGAAUGAUACUGUUUUGAUGAUAUUCAUGGGAAAUAUUUAUGCUGGGACAAUUGGAAAGAUUCCAAAACUUGUAUCAUCACAUGAUAUGAAUCUGUUACUGACAAAAAGUGAUCAAAAAAAGCAACAACCUACAACAUCUUUGGGCAACAAGGCACUUUAUGACACGAGUGCUAGAACUGAUCCAAAACUUGGUGGUAUCAACAAUGACAUCUUUACAUUUAUUCGUAACCGUGAUAUUUGGAUAUCUAACUUUGAUGGUGAUGAAAUACAACUUACCUUUUGUUCUAAUCAACAAAAUGAAUCACUCUCUUGUGGUGUGGCUGAAUACGUGAUCCAGGAAGAGUUCCAUCGGUAUACUGGUUGCUAUUGGGGUCCGUCAGCAAAGAACUCGGAUUUGAAUCGUUUACUGUAUCUGGAAACGGAUGAAUCAGGCGUGGAAUUAGUGAAUUUUAGCAACAAUGGCAACAAUAUUAUUGAUGAGAAUGAAGAUAAUCCUCAAAUAAUCGCAGCAGCUUCAGCAAGAUAUCCUCGUGCUGGUCAACCCAAUGCCAUCAGUAAACUAUAUAUCCUCGAAUUUACUUAUACAACAAUCCCUUUUAAACUGGGUACUUUUCGUCGAAAACAAUUAUGGGGUCCUGACACUAUAGAAUGUUUAUAUCCUUGGGCUGAAUAUAUUGUAAGGUUAGGUUGGCUACCAAAUGGUGAAAGUGUCUGGCUACAACUUUUGCCACGCGACCAAACAAAAACAGUGGUGAUACAAAUCCCGUGUACAUUAUUUAGAACGGAAGAAGAAGAAGAAGCAAGACAAAAUACUCAGCACCAUCAAUCGCAACAACAACAUACACCAAAAAUAGAGGAACUGUGGUCGGAAAAACAAGAUUCUUGGGUCAACAUAUCGGAUGCAUAUUCAUUUUUGGAAAGCAACAAAUCUAUUUCUACUCAUUUUAUUUGGAGCUCUGAAUUGGGUGGAUUUCGACAUUUAUAUUAUGUGGCAAAGGAAAACAAUAACGAUCAUUUCAAUGUACAACAACUGACAAGUGGAGAUUGGUGUGUAGUGGACAAACCUAUUCAUGUGGAUCAAAGACGAAAACUUGUUUAUUUUAUGGCUAAAAUGGAUACACCUUUGGAAACACACUUAUAUGUAACGACAUUUGACCUUCAUUCAAUACAGCGACCCAUUCGAAGAUUGACUUCUUUAGGUUAUAGUCAUACGAUUGAAAUGAAUGGAAAUAUGGAUGUAUUUGUUGAUGUCGCAUCGUCAUUACAUCAACCUCAUGGUGUGGUUUUACGACAAUUGCAGUUCACUAAAGAUGAUCCUCUACCACAAGUGAAAUAUAACCAAAGUCAAUAUUGCAACGAUAAUACUAUAAAUAACUCUAUUGUGACUAUUAUGCCAGCUAUGUGUGAUAUCAACGAUAUUGAUGGUGAUGAUGAUAGUGGAAUGGAUAUGAAAAUAGAUAUACAGAGUAUGAUUAUUGCCCAACCCUCUUCAGCUUUUUGUCAUGUACCCUCUUUACCAAAACGACAUACUACCAAUGGGAAUUCUAUUCUGGUAUUGGAUCAAGAUAAGCAACUGGAACCUCAUCUCUGUCAUCCCGAUAAUGCUUGUAUGACAUCUAUCUAUGAAGCUGAAAAACGAAUGCAUGUUAUUCCUGAAGGCGAAAUAUUUGAAUUUAUGACAUCAGAUGGCGUCAAACUCUAUGGUUGUUUAUAUAAACCUCGUUUUUAUCAACCUGGCAAAAGUUAUCCAACGAUUCUACAUAUUUAUGGUGGGCCCAAAACACAGAUGGUGACGAACGAAUUCAAAUUCCCUCGACUCUUGCGAUAUCUCAUGGGAGUGUAUUUUGGCUUUGCGGUGGUAGUCAUUGAUGGACGAGGCUCAUGUGAUCGUGGAUUAGCUUUUGAAUCAUAUGUUAAGCAUCGUCUUGGACGUGUGGAAUUGGAAGAUCAAGUACAAGGAUUAGAAUAUUUGGCAACAUCAUGUUUUGGAGCAUUACCUCAAAAUAAUAAACUUGUUAGUGUAGUGGAUCUAAAUCGUGUGGCAGUGACUGGAUGGUCUUAUGGUGGUUAUCUUAGUCUAAUGGCAUUGGCUCAUUACUCAAGUAUAUUCAAAAUUGCUAUUGCUGGUGCUCCUGUUACCCAGUGGGAACUAUAUGAUUCUGCCUAUACCGAACGUUACAUGGGAAUGCCUUUGGAUCAUCCUUAUCAAUAUGCUACCUCAAGUGUGUUACAUUGGAUUCAUCAAUUUCCAAAUGAGGAAAAUCGACUGAUUGUUGUGCAUGGAUUAAUAGACGAAAAUGUACAUUUCAUCAACUCGGAACGACUUGUAUCUCGUUUGGCUCACCUAGGCAAACCAUAUUGUCUGCAAAUGUACCCCACUGAAAAACAUGGUCUACGACAUGCUAGCGUCAACGAACAUUUUGAAACGUUGAUGUUCCAUAAUUUAUUGAAUCAUUUAUAA